AUUUCGUUCUCAUCCUUCGUCCUCGACAGAUCGGUAGUUGCGUUUUUGCGUUUACAGUAUAAUUAACCGUGUUAUCGUUCAAAACUUACAACUGCAUCACAAUUCCGUACCCGUUCGAUCGUGCAGCAAACCGUAACAAACCUCCCGGCUCUCGUGUUUGUUCGUCAUUUGUGACAUCCAAGAAACGAAGUUAUCCAGUGUGUAUCCGGUUGAUCCCAGAGGCAACCGAAGAAAAACAUCAGCAACGAAACAAGUGAUCUAGCAUAGUGUCCGGAAGUGUUCCCCUAAUUGAGUGAUCAAUCCUAACAAGCCAGUGCUUAUCCCCUGGAGGAUAAUUUCAGUUCAGUGUCUAUUCUAAUAUCAGUGCUCUAUAUACCGCUUUUGAGGGAAAACGAGUAGUCGUUUUCCUUGUCACAGCCCGUCACCGUUAACGGCCUCAACAUUUUCCUCGUCAAUUACAACAACAGCAGCAACAGAAUGCACGGACGUCCAUUGUGGCAGGUCGCUGGUAAACGCGACAAGGACCAGGAACGCGAAGCACAGCACUGGAUCGAAACGCUGUUGGGCGAGAAAUUCCACUCGGACUUCCUGUACGAGGACUGCCUGCGCGACGGCAUCCUUCUGUGUCGCCUGAUGAACCGCCUCUCGCCGGGAAUCGUACCGAAGAUCAACACCAGCGGCGGUGACUACAAAAUGAUGGACAACAUUAGCCAAUUUCAAAAGGCAUGCAUCAAAUAUGGCGUAACCGAUGUGGACCUGUUCCAGACAACCGACCUGUGGGACAAGAAGAACAUUGCACUGGUCACUACUACAAUCUUCGCCGUCGGUAGAGCGUGCUAUCGCCACCCGGAGUUUCGCGGCCCGUACCUGGGUCCUCGCCCAUCGGAGGAAAAUCGCCGCGAGUUCACCGAGGAGCAGCUGCGUGCCGGUGAGGGUCUGAUUGGUCUACAGGCCGGUUCCAACAAGGGAGCCACCCAGGCCGGGCUCAACUUUGGCGCUACCCGGAAAAUUUUACUCGGAAAGUGAAGUGAUUCUUCCCGUUCAUAGAGUUUAUAGGCGCAUUUUCUGUUCCGUUUGCACCGCCAAAAAUUUGAGUUAAUUAAAUUAUUUAUUUAUUUACACUAUUUGCCUCGACUACAAAAAUUUAAGUGCAGUGAACGUGCUAAGCUUUACCCCUAGUUUUGUUUCUGUUUUACAGUUUAUGAUAUUUAUUAUGCAUUCGGUGAUGUAUGUCACUUCGAUUUAAAUGAUAACUAAAAGUAUUUGUAGAUCGUCUAAUCAGAUGUGUGCUGUCAUUGCGAUAAGUACAGGAAAUUGAAAACAUUUAAGCAUGAAUGCUGUUAUCUGGUAAAAA